AUGCGAUUAGUUUGGUGCAAAAAGGAAAAAACGAGAGAAAUUGCUGUACCAAAUGUUACCUCCAUGGCGCAACGUAAAAAAGCAACAGGAUCGAGCAGAAAAUUUGGAGUUUCGGGUGGAGGUGGUAUAGCAAAGCGAAAUGAGUUAAUAUCCGUACCUUCUGAUUUGCUUGCGCAGAAGGUAUCCAGCACAAAACGAGUACGAAUCGAUGUUGAAGCUUGCCGAGAUGAGCUGGAAAGUAUUGGUUCAUGGUCUUUUGCUACGACAUUUUGCGUGAUGAGUGGUGAACGCUUGGAGCCACUGGAAGCACUCGAGAAGGAUUAUUACCUGGACGAUCGUGGUGGCUGGUAUAGCGAUGGUGAACAGAGGGACAGCGAGAGUUCGGAUGAUGAACUACGCGAAAAAUUAUCGAAGCUUGCCGGUGUACGUUGUCAAUCGCGCAAAAUCAAACAUACAACUGAGGAUGAUGAAAUGCCGGCGCUGGUUAGCGAUACUGAUGAGGAUGUUGCUGAACCACAAACAGUUGAUGCAAAAAAGGAGCAACUGCAGCAGGAUCACUCGAUGGAAGUAGAUCGUACUUUAUCAUCGACAAGCAGCAGGACUUCAUCCGAAAAGGCCCGAAAAUCGGUAAUUGCACUUUUUUGUCGCCCUUGGUUUGCGUCCCUUGAUCGGCUUCUAGAAGUGCGACAACAUCGUGAGCAAUUAAAAAUUGUGAAAGCUCGGCCCAGUAGCACAUCGCAGGAUUCAGAAAGCCCAGGAGCGAAGAAUGAGGACGAUGAAGACGCCCAAACAGACGCCGUAUUGUCAUGCCCCGCUUGCAUGUCACUGUUAACUCGGGAUUGUCAAAGACAUGAAUUUUAUCGUGAACAGUACAGGUACUCUUUUAGAUCUUAA